ACAUUCUCUUUCUCUCUCUAACAACACAAACAAACACUCCUUUCUCUCUCUUAAAACUCUGAGAAUUCAUUUCAUUCCGUACAUUUGAUCGGAGAAAAGGGCUCGGAAACUCUUCCGAGUACGAAACCCUACCUGAACAAUCUCUGCUUUUUUGUUGUUUUGUUUCAGGUUUUUCAUUCCAAUUUUCAGUUGAGGGACAAAGGGAGAUGAAGAAUGCAAUAUUAACUUAAUAAUUUUCUCAAAGAAUAUAUUUUAGUCUCAUCUAUUGGAUUGAUUCUCUAGGACCAGACAAAUAUGGCGAAUUCGCACCGCAGUGGAUUGAUUAAAAGAUCAAGUGAUGGUGCAAGAGUUGUUAUUGGUACUAUCAUGGGAGUUAUCUUUGGAUUUUUUAUUGGCAUGUCCUUUCCAUCUGUUUCUCUAAAUAAGAUUAACUUACCUUCGAGCCUUAUAUCAUCUCUUGAUGUAGCCAUCACUGAUAUACAUGGAUCCAGCAUAAGCAGAAGUUUUGAAGACAAUGGACCAAGCAAUGUUCCUAGGAUAUAUGUUCCAACGAAUCCUCGUGGUGCUGAAUUACUUCCUCCAGGGAUUAUUGUCUCAGAAUCAGAUUUUUAUCUUCGAAGACUGUGGGGCGAACCUAGUGAGGAUCUUAAGAAAAAGCCAAAGUAUUUGAUGACGUUCACGGUCGGCCUUGACCAGAAAAACAAUAUUGAUGCGGCAGCUAAAAAGCUCUCUGAGGAUUUUCAGAUUAUGCUUUUUCACUAUGAUGACCGGGUUACUGAAUGGGAUGAAUUUGAAUGGUCAAAGGAUGCAAUUCAUGUUAGUGUCAGAAAACAAACAAAAUGGUGGUAUGCGAAAAGGUUUUUGCAUCCUGAUAUUGUAGCAGCUUAUGAAUAUAUUUUUAUAUGGGAUGAAGAUCUGGGAGUAGAGAACUUUAACGGAGACAAGUACAUUGAGCUGGUUAAGAAACAUGGUUUAGAGAUUUCUCAACCUGGUCUUGAGCCCAACAAUGGAUUGACAUGGGAGAUGACAAAGAGGAGAGGAGAACAAGAAGUUCACAAGGAUGCAGUAGAGAGACCAGGCUGGUGUGAUAAUCCUCGUCAGCCUCCUUGUGCAGCGUUUGUGGAAAUUAUGGCUCCUGUCUUUUCUCGGAAAGCUUGGCGGUGUGUAUGGCACAUGAUUCAGAAUGAUUUGGUGCAUGGAUGGGGAUUGGAUUUUGCUCUCAGAAGAUGUGUAGAGCCUGCAUACGAAAAAAUUGGCGUGGUUGAUUCACAGUGGAUUGUUCAUCAAACAAUACCUUCUCUUGGGAACCAGGGUAACUCUGAGGAUGGUAAAGCUCCAUGGGAAGGGGUUAGAGCAAGGUGCAGAAACGAGUGGACCGAGUUUCAAUCUCGUCUCAACAAGGCUGACGAAGAAUACUUUGCCCAUGUUGGGAAAGGGUAAAAAUUUGAAGUUCCAUCUCUCUAAUUAUUAUCCCCUGUGUACAGGUUUCUUUUGACCUCAAGGGGUGUUUUAUGAUCCCAAUUCAAUUCAAUUCAUUUCUUUAUUUAUUCAUUUCUUUCUUUAGCUCUUCCUCGCCUCGAGGUUUUAAGCUUGAUUUUCACAUAGGUGUAUUUUACAGACAUUAUUGUAUUUAUUACAUGUAGAAGAAAGUCUUACAUUUACCACCCAUAACCAGUUUGCAUAAAGGCAAAUAAUCAAUGAAGUGUUGGUAUGGUGAUGGCUUAUAAUACCAGACAGAAAUAAGUGGUGUUUUUUCAUUA